AAUAAAAGUUGUCCAAGAACGCCCUUUAAAAGAACCCGACCCGGUUCAUUUACCGUCUGUUAACAAAACCCCCGACUAAAGCCCCAAAACUAGUCGAAGCAGAAGGAAACAAGCUGCUCUGAAUCUGUGAAAUCAAAUCAUGUACGGAGGCGAUGAAGUGUCAGCUAUAGUGAUAGAUUUGGGGUCACAUACUUGUAAAGCUGGUUAUGCUGGUGAAGAUGCUCCUAAAGCCGUGUUUCCCUCCGUUGUCGGAUCAAUCGACCAAAUGGAAGUUGAUGACCCAGGGACGCCUGAUAAGAACUCUGGAUCUGUUCAAGAAACUAAGUCUAAGGAAAAACGCAAACUAUAUGUAGGAUCUCAAGCUUUGGGAUACCGUCGAGAUAAUAUGGAGGUGCUUCCAACUAUAAAAGAUGGAGUUGUCACUGACUGGGAUAUGGUUGAAAGCAUAUGGGACCAUGCCUUAAGGGACUGCUUAUUGGUUGAUCCUAAAGAACAUCCGAUGCUCCUUGCAGAACCAUCAUUCAACUCCCAGCAACAGAGAGAAAAAGCGGCGGAACUUAUGUUUGAGAAGUACAAUGUUCCUGCAUUAUUUUUGGCCAAAAAUGCUGUUCUCACAUCAUUUGCAUCUGGAAGGGCUACCUCUUUAGUUGUUGACAGUGGUGGAGGUUCAACUACUAUUGCUCCUGUCCAUGAUGGUUAUGUGCUUCAAAAGGCUGUGGCAUCGUCUCCCAUUGGGGGAGAAUUUCUUACUGAUUGUUUGAUUAAAAGCUUGGAAAGCAAAGGUCUUAAUAUAAAACCUCGAUACGCCUUCAAAAGAAAGGAAAUCCGUCCCGGAGAGUUUCAGACGGUGGAUAUUGAUUUCCCACAAACCACAGAAAGCUACAGACUCUACUCACAGAGGAUCAUUGCUAGCGACAUCAAGGAAUGUGUCUGCCGUGCACCGGAUACUCCAUAUGACGAGACUUCAUACUCAAACAUCCCUAUGACGCCUUAUGAACUUCCUGAUGGACAGACAAUUGAAAUUGGAGCCGACAGAUUUAAAACUCCCGAUGUACUAUUUAAUCCAUCCUUGGUUCAGACUAUUCCAGGCAUGGAAAGCUAUGCAGAUAUUGCCGCUUCUGCACGUGGUCUGCCCCAAAUGGUUAUAGAGAGCAUAAACAAGUGUGACGUUGACAUUCGAAGAGAACUUUAUAGUAGCAUAUUGCUAUCUGGUGGGACAGCAUCAAUGCAACAACUAAAAGAGCGUCUUGAGAAAGACCUGUUAGAGGAGUCUCCCCAAGCAGCUCGAGUUAAAGUUUUAGCCAGUGGAAAUGCAACAGAAAGGAGAUUCAGUGUUUGGAUAGGAGGAAGUAUUUUGGCCUCUCUCGGCUCUUUUCAGCAGAUGUGGUUUUCAAAGACCGAAUAUGAAGAGCAUGGUGCUGGUUAUGUUCAGAGAAAGUGCCCUUAAACAGGCCAGUUUUUAUAAAUGCGGCAGUCACGCCUCUUUAGAUUGAAGCAUUGUAAAAUGCAUGGUCUUCUUUUAGCAAGCUGCUAAGCAGUAUCAUAUGCUAUGACUGUGUAAAGCUCGUCAUUUAUCUGUGUUAGGCAUGGAUAUCGAAGAUGUUAGUAUUUAACCUAAUAUAUGUUGUAAAAUUAUUUUGGCGAUUCCUACCCUAAAAAUUAUCAUUAGGUGAUUCUUUAGUUUAUUUAUGUUUAACAUUUGAGUACUUGAAUGAGCUGUCACUGAUCUGAACACUAUGAAGGUUGAUUAUCCAAAUUUUAGCACUA